UAUAUCUGCCCUCAACAGCGCCUCUCUUUAACGCCCAACUCUUUCAAACCUUUUCGUUUGUUUGUUUGUUCGUUUUGUCUGCUUUGCUUUUGACAGCCAAUCCGGUCAAAUGGCGAACAGUGAGGACGUGCGGGAAAACGUGAAGAAAUACUAUGGGAAGCAACUAGGGUCCUCAGGUGAUCUGCAAACAGGCGCCGCCUCCUGCGGAUCCUCCUGCAGACCUGUUCCAAGAAGUGUCACAGAUGCUCUGAGUCAGGUUCACCCCGAGGUGACCAAAAGGUUCUUUGGUUGUGGGCUUCCAUUUCCAGCAAAGCUCGAAGGCUGCAGAGUUCUGGACCUCGGCAGCGGCUCCGGCAGAGACUGUUAUGCCUUCAGUAAACUUGUUGGACCGAACGGACAUGUGACUGGGAUCGAUAUGACAGAGGACCUGAUCACAGCAGCUUGUCAAUAUGUUCAGUAUCAUCAAGAGAAGUUUGGCUAUAAGGAGCCAAAUGUCACGUUUGUCCAGGGCUACAUGGAGAACCUCGAAGAAGCUGGCAUUCAGAGUGACUCAAUGGAUGUUGUGAUAUCCAACUGUGUGAUCUGUUUGUGUGCUGAUAAAAGAGCAGUACUGCAGCAAGCCUACAGUGUCUUAAAGGAGGGAGGUGAGCUUUACUUCAGUGACAUGUUUGCCAGCAAGGUCAUCCCCGACCACAUGAAGCAAGAUGCAGUCCUGUGGGGUGAGGGAAUGGGUGGCUCUCUGUUUUGGCCCGAUCUCAUCUCGUUGGCCCACAGCGUGGGUUUCAGCUCUCCACACCUCGUCUCAGCAAGCCACAUUGUGGUCUACAACAGUGAUCUCAAAGCAAAAGCAGGCGACAUCAGCUAUGUUUCAGGCACUUACAGGCUCUUCAAGCUGCCCAAAAGUCCAGUGACAUCGAAUGCUAUUGUGGCCUAUAAAGGAACAGUGGCAGAUUUCCCAGAUCAGCUGGACUUUGAUUCCUCCCAUUGUUUCCAGAAAGAUGUGGCAGUGCAGGUAAAUGGAGAGAUGGCAGCAGUCCUCCAGAGUUCCCGUUUCUCCUCAGACUUUAAAAUCCAGAUGUUGGAUAAACAGGAGUCCAACUCUGAGACAACGCCAGAGCUGUGCCACCUCAACCCAUUUCUGCUGGCUGACAAACUGGAUCCUAAAUGAAGAGGGGGGUCUGCAUCUAUGAGAAACUGAUUUGAAAAUUUAACAUAAAAUGUCAAAGUUAUUUUAGAGAUCAAGUUUUUGAUUUGUAGAUUU